AUGAAUUCUAUGGAAUUUGAACUUCUCGAAACAAUCUUAUAUGAUCCACCCGCUGGAUUUUUUUUACUUGAUAAACACUUAUCACGUAUAAAAAAAUCUUCUAUUUAUUUUUCUGAAAAUUACGGAUUUUUUAAAAAAAUUGCAACUCCAAAGUUUAGUAAUUUGAUCGGGACGAAACUAUACCAAUGUGUUGAAAAGUUGGGAGAAAAUGUUAAGCAGAGAGUAAGGUUAACUAUAAACAAGGAUGGAAUACCAACCGUGUCAAGCACUAUUUUACAACCCUUGACAUCAUCACCAG